AUGUUGGAGAACAUGUCCAGACGCAACCGCUCCCUGUUGUCCCUGUCCCUCACCUCCCUGGCCCUCACCCUGUCCGUGCUGGCGUUCUGCACCUCCUACUGGUGCGAGGGGACGCACAAGGUGGUGAAGCCGCUGUGCCUGUCGCCCGUCAAGCUGAAGAACUGCGGACAGAAUGACAGCCAACCAUACACCACAGAGGCCCCCACCCCGGACCCCAAGAACCCCACCUCCAACCUGACGCUGACUCCGCUGCAGAAGGAGGAGCUGGCCCGGAUGAGGAGGAAGCAGCUGGCCAACGCCGUCCACUACAUCUGGGAGACGGGCGAGGACAAGUACAUGCUGCGGUACUUCCACACGGGCUUCUGGCUCUCCUGUGAGAAGCACAAUGAAGGUGAGGAUCAGGUGGAGAAGUGUCGCAGCUUCAUCGAGCUGACGCCAGGAGAAACUCAAGGCGUCCUCUGGCUGUCCGUCAUCAGUGAGUUCAUGUACAUCGGCCUCCUGGCCAUGGGGUUCCUGCUGAUGUGGGUGGAGUCCAUUUGCCUCUGUGCAGGGAGGGAGAUGAACGCCCUGAAGAUCAACGCCUAUGCCGCCAUGUGCACCGUCCUCUCUGGUUUGAUGGGGAUGAUGGCGCACAUGAUGUACACCACCGUGUUCCAGAUGACCGUCAGCAUCGGACCCAAAGACUGGAGGCCACAGAGCUGGGACUACGGAUGGUCCUUCGCCAUGGCGUGGCUGUCGUUUAGCUGCUGCAUGGCGGCGGCCGUGGCGACACUCAACUCCUACACAAAGACCCUCAUCGAGAUGAAGCACCGGGCCCGGGUGCGGCUGGAGGAGGCCCACGCUGCCACCUUAGCCCCUUCCUAUGAGGAGGUCGUCCGAGGAGGAGGCGGCGGCGGAGGGGGAGGCGCGGGGGUUUACUCCGUCAGCCAGCUGAUUCAGCUCGGCCACCAGGGGGUGCUCAUGGACCCAACGUGGCCCAGAGGGGUGGGACCAGCUGUUGGACCUCUGGCCUGUGGAGCUGGGGGAGCGCUGCUCGUUGGUGGAGGAGGGAUUGGAGUUGGGGAAAUGGGAAUGGGAGGAGUGGAAGUGGGAGGAAUGACUUCUAUGGGAGGAGUGGGAGGAAUAGGACCUGGAGGAAAUGGGGUGGGAAUGGUAGUGGGAGCAGUGGGCGGAAUGGGAGUAGCUGGAGUGGGAGUGGGGCGGCUGGGGGACCCUCACGGACUGGUGGUGAUGGAAGGAUGCUGCGUUGAAGGAUGUGAAGACUGCGAACGGGAGAUGGACGAGAUAGAUUACGCUUUGCAGGAGGAGAGAGAGGACUCACUCUGCUGAGACUCUGUAGAACUUGGAUGAACGACACUGGAACCACGCCCACUUUUGUAUAUACAAAGUUUAAUAAUAAUUAUGGCACAUUGUAUUUCUGGACUCUUUGUUUGCAGCAGUCACACACUGAUUUGUCUUUUGAUUUUCUGACUCACGCAGUGCAACAUUAUUUUUCUAUUGUUGUGUCUCUGGCCACCUGAUGAGUAUUCACUUCCCUUGUGGCUCCGGUUUGGUCUCCACCAACUUAAAUAUCAGUGUGUGUAGAUAAGACUCGGGUCAUUUGAGCUUGUUUGAUUUACAAUUUGAAUCUUCUCCUGGAUUUAUUUUAAAACAUCAUAUUUUGCUCCAACCUCAAAGACCCAGCUGUACCUUUGAUCUUUCUAAACUAAAUUAUCGAUUUGUUUUAGGACAUUGACGGAAAGAUCAGUGUGAGAAAGGAUUUGUUUCAUUUUUAUAAAGACAGUUGUGAUUGUAAAAUAUGGUUAAAUGUGUUUAAAGGACUCCAGGCCAAUGGAAACUCUGAAUCCUGUUGAUAUUUGUAUAAAAUUAUGUUUCUGUGAUGAUAUGCAAAGAAAAACAAACAUUAUCGCAUAUACGAUAAAAAAGAGCAGUUAUUGAAA